AAUUUAGCAGCCAUGUGCCACCUUUGGCCAUGUGGUUCCAUGCGUUUGGCUUGAGAAAAAAGUAUUUGUUAAACAAUUCAUUAAAAUGUCUAAUAAAGAAACGAAGACAAAAUUUAAGAUAUACAAUACGCAGAAAAAACAUGAUCCAGAAUUGAAAAUAAUAAAAAACCUUCAAGCUGCUUACAACAAUAUUGAUGUAUCGAAAGUGAAGAAGUUCUCUGAUUUACCACUGUCCCAAAAAACACAAAAAGGUCUCAAGGAAAAUGAAUUCCUAGAGCCUACUGAUAUCCAGCGACAAAGCAUUACCCUAGCGCUGCGAGGGCUCGAUAUACUAGGAGCUGCUAAAACUGGAAGUGGAAAAACACUAGCUUUCCUCAUACCGAUCUUGGAAAUUCUAUAUUGUAAACAAUGGACUAGAUUAGAUUCUGUUGGAGCUCUUGUUAUUACGCCAACACGGGAAUUGGCUUAUCAGAUAUAUGAAACUUUGCGAAAAGUUGGUCGAUAUCAUGACCUGUCAGCAGGACUCAUCAUUGGUGGUAAAGACUUGCAUUUUGAGAAAAAACGGAUGCAUCAGUGCAAUAUUGUCAUCUGUACACCUGGAAGAUUAUUGCAACAUAUGGAUGAAAAUCCGUUGUUUGACUGUGUGAAUAUGCAGCUAUUGGUUCUUGAUGAAGCUGAUCGUUGCUUAGAUAUGGGGUUCGAACAGACAAUGAAUAGUAUUAUUGAGAACUUACCUUCCAAGCGGCAAACUUUGCUUUUCUCUGCGACGCAAACAAAGUCAGUUAAGGAUUUAGCUCGAUUAAGCUUGCAGGAUCCGAUGUAUGUAUCUGUCCAUGAGCAUGCAGUGCAUAAGACACCUGAAGGCUUACAGCAAAGUUAUGUUGUUUGUACUUUAGAGGACAAAAUGUCAAUGUUAUGGUCCUUUAUUCGGAAUCAUCUUCGGCAGAAAAUUCUUGUAUUUUUCUCAAGCUGCAAACAGGUGAAAUAUGCCAAUGAAAUGUUUUGUCGUUUGAAACCAGGGGUAAGCCUAUUGGCACUGUAUGGUACACUCCAUCAACUAAAACGAAUGGCAAUUUAUGAAGCGUUCUGUAAAAAGCAACACGCUGUACUUUUUGCAACUGAUAUUGCUGCUAGAGGAUUAGAUUUUCCUGCUGUGAAUUGGGUCGUUCAAAUGGACUGCCCAGAAGAUGCCAAUGCUUACAUACAUCGGGCAGGUAGAACAGCCAGAUUCCAACGAGGUGGAGAAUCAUUAUUAGUUUUAUUACCAAGUGAAAUCAAUAUGAUAGAUCAACUUCAACAACACAAAGUUCCCAUCAACCUUAUCAAAAUUAACCCGAACAAACUCCAGUCGCCACAUCGAAAAAUGGAAGCACUGCUUGCCAGGGAUGUAGCUCUGAAAGACACAGCUCAGAGAGCUUUUGUCGCUUACAUAAAAUCAGUUUUUCUUAUGAAAGAUAAAAGUAUAUUUGAUGUGCAUCGAUUGAAUACCGAUGCUUAUGCCAAAUCACUAGGGUUGGCGAUACCACCUAGAAUACGAUUUCUUCAAAAAAUUAACAAAGCCAUUGAAAGUAAACGUACCAAAAGUGUGUCAACGAUGAAGGAAAUUGGUAUUGCGUCUGUCGAUGAUGAACAAGAAAUUAGUGCCACUAAAACAUCGCAACGACUCAACAAGUUCAUGAGAGAAUCAGACAGUGAUGAUAAGAACGUUCCUGACAACAACACUGACGCGGAAAUAUCUGGUAGCAACGACAUUCAAGAGCAUCCUGCUAAAAAUUUUAGCCAUAAAGAUCAAAACGAUAUGUUCUUCGGCAAUGAUGAUAGUGAUAGUGAUGAGGAUAUUCUGAAAGUAAAACGACGAGAUAUUCAAAUUGAGGAUGACGAUAAUUUUGGAAGUGACAACAUUGCAGAAGCUGUCACUCAGACUACAGAUAAUUCCACUACAGCAAAGAAAAAAAUUGUUACAAAGGCUGCAAUUGCUAAAAAAAUUCUGAAGAAAAAGAUUGUUCCGAACAGAAAAACUACUUUUGACGAGGAGGGCCAGGAGAUUGUAAACCCUACCAAAUCUAAAAUGUCUGAGGUAGCACGUGAAUAUGAAAAUGAAGAGCGUUCUGGAAUCGAUAUUGAAAAGGCCAAAGCAAUUUUGCGAGAGGAGGAUCGUUUCGAUAAACAGCGCUUUAAAGACAAAAUAAAAGCAAAACACAGGGAGCAGAAACAAAAAAUCAAAGCUAGUAAACAAAAUAUUGAUGAAGAAUCAGAACAAGAUAUGGGUGAUGAAGUUGGCAGCGAGGAAAGUGGCGAUGAAAGUAGCAACGAAGAUGAGCCAGAUUUGUCAUGGCUGCCUGAUCCAGAUAAAAUCUAUGGCAAGCUCGACGAUGGUAGCGCUACGGAAUCUGAUGCCAGUAGUCAGGCAGAUGAAGAGGUUGACAGAACACCCAAAAGAAAGUUAUUAGAUGUUGAUGAAUGUCAUAGAAAGAAAGACGGCAAAAGAUCUAAAUUUUCCUCUCACAACGGGCUUACCCUACUUGAAGAUGAAGAGCUCGCUUUACAACUUUUGAAAAAUCGACAAUCUGGCUAUGUUGUGUAGUUAGUAAUAAAUGAUGGAUACUCAAUAUUUAGUUGUACAUACAUACGUAAUCUUGCGAAUGAUUGCUAUUUGUGAUUCCAGUGAGAUCUCAUUCCAGCUACUUACGAAUCUUCAAUGUACAUGUUUGGCUUUUGUUUGAUUAUCGAAAUCUUUUCAAGUCAUCUAAUUAAUAACAUCCAAUGUUGUAGAAUGUCUGAAUGGAAGUCUUUUUGUCUCCAGAUGCUGUAAUAGGCUAUAUUUUGUCUACUCUGUUAUUCCAAUAUCUGAGAUGAGAAUGUGGAUGCGAAAAUGCAAUUCGGUGGGAAUCCAUACCUUUAUUUAUUUGAAUGAUGUUAUCAAGUUUAACAUUUAUUUAACUGAAACAUACAAAUGAAGUACAUAACUAUGUAUUUCGUUUACGAUUGUAUCUAAAAAAUAAAUCAAGUAGAUAUUAGAUACUUGUAAUGUGUAUUAUUCGCAUCAAAUAAAAUUCGUUAAAUAUAAAACCAAAAAUCAAAGCCAUAGACAAAUAUCUGAUCAAUUGUCGUUAUGAAAUUUAUCUAUUGAUAGUUUAGGACAAUUAUAACGAAAUGCGUCAGAAUUACCGGGGGAUCGUAGUCGUUUGUAUUAUGUUAUCAAAUUUUCGUAACAAUAACAGAUGAAAAUUUGAUCUUGCAUACAUCGUGUAACCGUUAUAGUACGAAGGAUAUAAGUUAGUUGAAUAUUUUACUACUUGAAUUAAUAAAAAUAUAUACAUAUAAGUAUAUA